GUUUCGCGCAGGCGCGCAUCAUUCUUCAGAAUAAAGGAUACGCCAGAAUUGUGCAGCCGAGACGGUUUCAAAUAUAUUACUACUGGCCGACUUGAAUUAAGUUUGAGGCCGAUAACAUCAACAGUGAGGACAAACCCAGCCUGCCUCUCUCCUUCCACACUGAGUCCAAACCUACAGUCACUGGGUCCUGAUUGUGACAGUGGAGCCCAGUUUGCACUGCAGGAUCCAGAGAUGGCAUCAGUGAAGCUGGAAGACUACAGUCAAACACUGGAGCUGAAUGUCAACAUUAAAGAUGAAGAAGAGGAGGAGGAGAUUGGGACAUCUGUUUCUCAUGACUCAGGUAUGAGGCCGGUAACAUCAACAGUGAGGACAAACCCAGCCCUCCUCUCUCCUUCUACACUGAGUCCAAACCUACAGUCACUGGGUCCUGAUUGUGACAGUGGAGCCCAGUUUGCACUGCAGGAUCCAGAGAUGGCAUCAGUGAAGCUAGAAGACUGCAGUCAAACACUGGAGCUGAAUGUCAACAUUAAAGUUGAAGAAGAGGAGGAGGAGAAGAUCGGGACAUCUGUUAUUCAUGGACAACUAGAAUUAAGUCUGAGGCCGGUAACAUCAACAGUGAGGACAAACCCAGCCUGCCUCUCUCAUUCCACACUAUGUCCAAACCUACAGUCACUGAGUCCUGAUUGUGACAGUGGAGCCCAGUUUGCACAGCAGGAUCCAGAGAUGGCAUCAGUGAAGCUGGAGGACUGCAGUCAAACAUUGGAGCUGAAUGUCAUCAUUAAAGAUGAAGAAGAGGAGGAGAAGAUUGGGAAUUCUCUUUCUCAUGGAAACCAUGUUGACACAUUCUCUACAUCCAGAGAGCAACAGCAGGAAGAUCACAGAGCUAAGAGGUCACACCACUGCCCACAUUGUGAGGAGAUUUUCCCAUUUCUAUCAAAACUAAAAAUACACCUAAAAAUACACACAGGAGAGAAUCUGUAUUCUUGUACUGACUGUGGGAAGAAUUUCACAACAUUAAAGGUUCUGAUCAUUCAUCAGAGAGUGCAUGAACGGAUACGCACAGGAGAGAAGCCUUACUCCUGCUCUGACUGUGGAAAGAGUUUCUCUCUACUGAGCAACUUAAAACGACAUGAACGCAUACAUACAGGAGAGAAGCCUUACAUAUGCUCUGACUGUGUAAAAUGCUUUACAACAUCAACUGAGCUAAAACGUCAUCAGAGAACACACACGGGAGAGAAGCCUUACUCCUGCUCUGACUGUGGAAAGAGUUUCUCUCAACUGAGCAACUUAAAAGCACAUGUACGUAUACAUACAGGAGAGAAUCCCUACUCCUGCUCUGACUGUGGGAAGAGUUUCUCUCUACUGAGCAACUUAAAAUCACAUGAACGUAUGCAUAAAGGAGAGAAGCCUUACUUAUGCUCUGACUGUGUAAAAUGCUUCACAACAUCAACUGAGCUAAAUCGUCAUCAGAGAACACACACAGGAGAGAAGCCUUACUCCUGCUCUGACUGUGGAAAGAGUUUUUCUCGACAAAGCACCUUAAAAAAACACCAAGGUAAACAUAAAGGACCACUGAUCUGACUGUGAAAAAUGUUUUAAAACAACAGCUGAGCUAAAAGGUCAUCAGAGAACAGACACAGGAGAGAAACCUUACAUCUGCUCUGACUGUGCGGCGAGUUUCUCUCUUCUGUGCCACUUAAAAUGACUUGAACAUGUACACACACGGGAGAAGACAUUACUGCACUGACUGUGGGAAGAGAUUCUACAGAAUGGGCCAUUUAAAAAGACACCAAUGUAUACAUAAAGGAGUUCUCUCAGACCAGCUAAGAUUAGUCACUCCACUUCAUUCUCAUGUCAUUAAAUAAUUGGCAACGUUGAAUUGGACCAAAUGAAGAAAGCGUAGAACACUAUAGUAAUCCUAUUGUUUCUCACUGUGAGAGAACCGUGCAGAGGAAAGGGAGUGUUAUAGAAUGUUAGCCUCUCUUUACUGAUCAUUGUGCACCUUGUCAGUUUUGGUGUGUUUUGUUAGCUUCUACUGUAAAGAUAUUGAGUUGACCUUGGAUUUGCCCUUAGGGUGGAAUAUCCUCUGUGAGGCGUCUCACAAUGGAGUCUGAUGGUUGACUGGGUGGUACUGCUUCUCUCUGCAGUUUUCUGUGGGAAAGAGCUGGUAGACACAACAUGUACAGAGUGUACAAAACAUGAAGGGACACCUGCUCUUUUCAUGACAUAGACUGACCAGGUGAACCCAGAUGAAAACUAUAAUCCUUAUUGAUGUAGUUUUUAUUAUGAAUUUAUCAUGGAUUCAUUUUGGAUCCCCAUUAGCUUUCAGCAGAAAACAAGAGACUGCAGUUGCAGUGGGCUAAGAAAUGGAAAGACUGGAUGCUGGAGAAUUUGAAAAACAUUUCCUGGUCUGAUGAAUCCCUGUUCCUGCUGAUUCAUGCUGAUGGAAAGACUAGGGUAUGGAGGAAACCAUGAGUACAUCCAUCAUGCCUCGUCAUCUUUGCAGGCUGGUGAUGGUGUGGCGUUUGUUUUCAUACCACACACUGGGCCCCUUGAUAAAAGUGGAGCAACGUUUGAAUACCACAGGAUAUCUAAACAUCAUUGCCAAUCAGGUGCAUCCCUUCAUGGCAGCAGUGUAUCCAUCUGCAAAUAGAUUUUUUAUGCAACAAGGCUUGUCCAGGAGUGAUUCCAAGAACAUGACAGUGAAUUCAGCUUACUGCAGUGGCCUGCCGAGUCACCAGAUCUCAAUCCAAUUGUUCAUCUGUGGGAAGAGAUGGAAGGAGCUAUUCCGAGUAGAGAUCCACUCCCAGCCAACUUGACACCAUUUUGGGAAGAAUUGGGCCAGAAUCCCUGUGGAAUGCUCUCAACACCUUGGACAGUCUAUGCACUGAAGAAUUAAGGCUAAUUCUGAGGACAAAGGAGGGGUGCAACUCAAUAGGAUGUUGUUCCUAAUGUUUGUGCACUCAGUGUAUAUCAGAUAAAGGUGGUGUGAUGACCAGUUUUUAGCAUUGGUUUGGGUGGAUUAUUUUAUAUUACUAAACUUUUGUUUAAUGAUAAACAGUCUAUGAAUCUACUUGUGUUUAUUAAAAUUGUCUUUUAAUACUAGAUUUAUUAUUUUAGUCAUUGAUGAUGAAUGUAUUUGAAUAACUGUGUUGAAGUUAAUUGAUCUGGUAGCAGGUAGCCUAGCGGUUAAGAGUAUUGGGCCAGUAACUGAAAGGUUGCUGGUUUGAAUCCCGAGCCGACUAGGUGAAAAGUCUGACAUUGUGCCCUUGAGCAAGGCAAUUAACCCUUAUUUGUCCUGUAAGUUGCUCUGGAUAAGAGCAUCUGCUAAGUGACAAGAUUGUAAUGAAAAAUGUUUGUACAUUCAUUUAUGCUGGGCAACCACUUUUUUUCUCUUAAAUGAAAAUAAACUGUUUGAAGUGAAAUACUGUAUAUACAAUACACAACAUUACCACUUUGUUGACCCUGGCCAGAGGUACAGGACCAUAGUAAACUAGACUAUGUAGCUGCUGUUAGUAGCCUACAGUUUCCAUGUAAUACAGCAUGUCAGAUCACUAAUGAUUAGGUGUACAGGCUGCUACAUUUCUGCUUGUGUCUGUCGGGAGUGAUGUGUUAUCAGGCUACCAGAGGGAAGUGGAGAACGCGCCUUGAGCUUUGUGCGUUGUGCCCGGCCCGCCCGACAUGGUCAAGAGAGACAAAGGGCCGGCAGCAGCACUCUGAUGUGAAGAACUGUACAAAAAUGUAUGAUUGUAGUACAUUGGGGGGAAAAAUACCAUGGUACUAUCAUGGCACUAUAGUGACCAAAGAAAUAGAUGAUAGUAGAUAUUUUUCAAUGUUGUUAGUUUUGGUAUUUGCACCAGUAGCAUGGUGUUUUCCUGCAAUGGUAGGAACCAAAAAAUAAUAUAUGUUUUCCAUUGUACUAGAGGCCUAGGAACAUAGAAUAAACUGACAGAUGUGUCAUAAUAGCAUGGAAGUAAAGCUGCACUGAGAGACACAUUUGAAAUGGAAUACAUUGAAUACAUGCAUCAGGGUGGAAACAAUCACAGUAAAACAUUAUUUAAAUGUAUUGUUGGAAGGACUGUGGUCUCCAUUCAUGUAAUACAAUAAAUAUAUACAUCA